GUCUCUUACUACCCUGACGCUCUGAUUCCAUCUCUCUCGUAUCCUUAGGGAGCUUUGUAUUUUCUGCCAUCUAAUCCGCCGACCGCCAUCACCCCGCCCACGUAGUCUCCAGUCUCGACGGAUUCCCUUCCAUCUCUGUGACAACGGCCCGCAUCUAGGCGCCUAUCUUCUGCCUCGCGUACCUCGCACCCCACUAGACUUCGCGCAAAACAAAACGCAAUUUGCCCUUCGUCCCGCCGCAUAUCCUUCCCACCACCUUCACAUUCAAUAUGGCAUCCACCGAGUCAUCCGGCCCUGUCAACGGCAACUACGCGCCGCAGCAGUACGAGAACAGCUACUCCACCGGCGCCUCCAACUUCACACCCUCGCAGCAGCCCACUGCCUCGCAGCCCGCACAACAAGCCGCUGCCUCAGAGAUCCCCAAGGAUGAGGUCGGCUGGUACUUUGUCGAGCAGUACUACACCACCCUCAGCAAGAGCCCUGACCGACUCUACCUUUUCUACAACAAGCGCUCCCAGUAUGUUUCCGGUGUUGAGGAGGACAAGGUGAACGUCUGCCUAGGCCAGAAGGCCAUCAACGAGCGCAUCAAGGAGCUCGACUUCAAGGACACCAAGGUCCGCGUCACCAACGUCGACUCCCAGGGCUCCGAUGCCAACAUCGUCAUCCAGGUCAUUGGUGAGAUCUCCAACCAAGGCCAGCCCCACAAGCGCUUCGUUCAGACUUUUGUUCUCGCCGAGCAGACCAACGGCUACUUCGUCCUCAACGACAUCUUCCGCUACCUUGCCGACGAACCCGUGGAGGAGGAUGAGGACCAGCAGGAGCAGGCCGCACCCGCCAAUGGUGUCACUGAGCCAGCUCCUACUGCUGCCGUCCCAGAGAACGCCGACCUGAACAAGAGCGACGAGAUCGCGACCAGCGAGGAGGAUCUGAACAAGGUUGACGACAAGCUGCACCAGGCCGCGCAAGAGGAGCCGUCUGUAGAGGAGGUUGCGCCCGCCGCUCCUGCCCAACAGGUUCCAGAGGAGAUUGAGCAACCUGCAGCGGAAGAGGCACCUGCCGCCGUUGAGGAGAAGACCGCUGAAGAGCCAGCCGCUGCUGAGAAGACCACCGAAUCUGAGAAGCCCGCCGAAGCCGCCUCAGCGCCCGCACAAUCUGCACAAAAGGCCGCUCCUGUCGCCAUGCCCUCUGGUCCUCCUAAGCCUGCCGCUCCCCGAACCUGGGCCAGCCUCGCAGCCUCCGCACACAAGGUCGCUACUCCCGUCGUUAACGCCCCCGCCGCCCAGCAGGCCCCUAAGGAUUCCAAGGCCGCUACCGCCGCUCCCUCUCAACCCGCUGCUGCUGCCGCCGCCUCUAGCCAGACUGCAGCACCCGCCCGUGACCAGUCCCCAGCGACUAGCCAGGGUGAGGCCGCUGGCUGGCAGACAGCUACUGGACACAAGAAGGAGCAGUCUCGUGCACAGAAUGCAGGACCCGCUGCCGACCCCGACCAGAAGCGCGCCUACAUCAAGAACGUCUACAGCCAGGUUGACGACGCUGCUCUGAAGACUGCCCUUACCAAGUACGGUGAGAUCGAGUACCUUGACAUCAGCCGCGGCAAAAACUGCGCUUUCGUCGAUUUCAAGACUCCCGCUGGAUUCCAGGCUGCUGUCGCUGCUAACCCCCACACGAUCAACGGUAUCGAGAUCAAGGUCGAGGAACGCCGUCAGAACCCUGGCCAAUUCAACAGGGGAGGUGGAUUCUCUCGCGGCGGUGCUCCUCGUGGCCGUGGCGGCAUGGGUGGCCAAGGUCCCCGCGGUAACUUCCAGCCCCGCGGUCGCGGUGGUUCUAUGCGCGGCGGUCGUGGUGGUGCUGCCCCCCAGGAGGCGUAG